GUCUUCACGUAAGGCGGCUUAAUUCGUAGUCAACGGUCAUCGUAUUCGUAUCGAGUUCAUUUUGCGGUCGGUUUAUGUAUUUAUCAAUUUGCAAAAUACAAACAAAGUGAAACAAUAUUUGUGCUGUUUAAGGCAAUCCCCAAGGGGCCCAGCGCGAUGGCUAGGAUUAAAUACAAUUGCGUUUUAAUUGGAAUCUUCUUUAAUGUGUUAUUAACAAUUUCCUCAAAUGCCGAAAGCUCUUGCAAUGUAGGAUGUCCGAAAUCGGACGACGGACUAUUGAAAUACUCACCUGGAAGCUUUUAUGAAUAUUCCUUCGACAGUAUUUUAACUAUUGGACUGAGCAGCGGUGCCCUUAGUGAAUCAGAUGAUACCAGCCUUAAAGUCUCCGGGUCCGCAAAAAUUUUUUCGAAAGGAAAUUGUGGGUAUACGUUACAGCUAAGUGCUGUUAAAGUAACCAAUACCAAGGAGUCUGUAGAGAAAAAUAUUUUGAAUAGCAUUCAGAAGCCAGUGCAUUUCACACUGGCAAGUGGACUUUUAGAACCACAAAUUUGCUCGGACUCUAGUGAUUUGGACUACUCUCUGAAUAUAAAGCGUGCAUUUAUAUCAUUGUUGCAAUCGGGAAUAAAAACGGAACAUGAAGUUGACGUAUUUGGCCAGUGCCCUACACAUACAUCAUUAUCUAAAGUAGGUAAUGCGAACAUAAUAACGAAAGUUCGUAACUUAAACAGCUGUGCCCAUCGUGAGCAAAUUAACAGUGGUCUGGUGUCCGGGAAAGUAAACGAGAAAGCUGGCAUCACGUCCAGCCUGCUUUUACAGGCAAACUAUAUUAAGGAGUCGAAAAUUGUAAACAGUCUCAUUGAAAAUGUCCAACUGACAGAGACAUACAAGUUCAUUGGGACCACUAAGGGAAAUUCUGAUAUCAGUGCAAAGGUAGUCACAACAAUUAAACUUAAAAAUCCUACCGGUACCAAAGCCAACGCACCAUCUACUGGAUCUACUGUCAGGAGCGUGAUUUUUCAAAGACCCGAAACCUACACUUCCAAAAAUUUUAACGCGUUGAAAACGGUAUUAUCUGAUCUUGUGGAUUCAACUGGCGAUUAUGUGAAAAAAGGGAGCGCAAAGAAGUUCGUUGAGUUUAUUAGAUUGCUCCGUCAAUCUGAUAGUGAGACUUUAUUAGAACUGGCAGCAUUUCCUCAUCCCAACAAGGUCUUGGCUCGCAAGGUAUACUUGGAUGGGUUAUUCCGCACCGGGACUGCAGAGUCAGCUCGAGUUAUAUUGAAACAGCUCCCUAAAUUCGAUGAGAAGGAGAAAUUACUUGCAAUAUUGUCCUUAAACUUAGUUAAGAUUGUGGAUAAGGAAACUCUUAAUCAAGCGGCUGCUCAGCUGUUACCCAACGCGCCAAAGGAAUUAUAUUUAUCUGUCGGUAGUCUGGUUGCUAAAUUUUGUUCUGGAAAGAAUUGUCGAGGACCAGAAAUUGAGGCCAUAUCUAAAAAGUUUUCGGAUGGCCUAAAACACUGCAAGCCAAACACUAAAAAGGAAGAGGAACGUAUAGUGUAUAUUUUAAAAGGAAUUGGAAAUGCAAAGAGCUUAGGUGGCAAUACGGCUGCUUCCCUUAGUGAGUGCGCCUCCACAGGCCGAUCUAAUCGCAUUCGAGUCGCAGCUUUGCAAGCAUUUUCCACCAUUAAAUGCGAUGGAACGCUGCAAGCUAAGUCCUUGGAAUUGCUCAAGAACCACAACGAAGAUUCUGAGUUGCGCAUUGAAGCGUACUUGUCGGCGAUUUCAUGUCCCAACGCAGAGGUGGCUAACCAAAUUUCAGAAAUAGUCAAUUCAGAAACCGUUAACCAAGUUGGAUCCUUUAUUUCAUCAAAUUUAAAGGCCAUUCGGGACUCAACGGACGAAAGCCGGGAGCUCCAAAGGUAUCACUUAGCUAACAUUCGAGUAACCAAGAAGUUUCCCGCCGACUUUAGGCGUUAUAGUUUCAAUAAUGAGAUUUCCUACAAACUUGAAUCCCUUGGCUUUGGAGCCAGCUCUGAUUACCAAUUAAUAUACUCGCAACAUGGGUUCUUGCCCCGAUCGUCUCGUGUUAAUGUUACAACUGAAAUUUUCGGCACUAACUUCAACGUAUUUGAGGCAAGCGUGCGUCAAGAAAAUUUUGAGAAUGUCUUGGAAUACUAUCUAGGGCCCAAAGGAUUGCUUAACAAAGACCUUGACGAUAUUGUUAAUCGCAUUGAAGUUGGAAACAACGAAGCUGCUGGAGCUGGUGGUCGAGCCAGGCGCUCAAUUGUCGACGAUGUUACUAAGACUUCGAAAAAGUAUAAAACUUAUGGAAGCAAAAAUGUGCAAGAUCUCAAUUUAGACAUAUCGUUAAAGCUGUUUGGUUCGGAAUUGACGUUUUUAAGCCUAGGCGACAACAUACCAAGUACACUAGAUGACAUCAUAAAUUAUUUUUCAACUUCAUUUGAAAAAGCCAAACAAGAAUUGUCUUCCUUUGAAAAGCAACUUUCCGCCCAUCAUUUAUUCCUUGAUACAGACCUCUCUUAUCCAACGAGCAUUGGAGUACCUCUGGAACUCGUAGCACAAGGCUUUGUAGCUACCAAAAUUGAUAUUGCCGGUAAUCUAAAUAUCAAUGCAAUUUUCGAACAGAACUGGCAGACAGAGAAAUAUAGAUUAAAGGUUGUCCCAAGUGUUGAUGUUAAUGUCAACAUUCAGGUGGGAUUCAAUGCUCAAGUGCUGUCCACUGGCCUCCGCGUUGUUUCAACGGCGCAUUCCGCGACUGGAAACGAUGUAACCUUCGCCGUCAUCAAAGAUGGUGAAGGCUUUAAUGUCGACGUUGAACUACCACGCGAAAAACUUGAGCUUAUUGAUGUCAAAAUUGACACUGAACUGUAUGUAGCAGAACAAGAUAAGCAAAAAACAGUUGCUCUUAAGGGUAACAAAAAAAUUAAGACUUCUCAGCCUAGUGAAAUAUGCUUCAAUCAAUUGGAAGUUGUUGGCUUAAACAUAUGCAUUGAGAGUUCAACGAGCUUAAGUGAAUUCCAAGCUGGUAACGGUAAUGGUGCAGAAAGGGGACUUGCUGUUUCGGACCAAUUUCAUUUAUCUAAGCCAAUUAGUUUUGCUGUUUACUUGACGGCUGAACGCAAAUUUACAUUAAAAGGAGUGCAUACAAAUGAACCUUCCGGCAGCCAGAAGUGGAAAUUGGACUAUUCCACUCCUGGUUCUAAAGUUUCUCACGACACUAGUGUUGCUUUCGAGCUCGGAUCUAAGCCAAGGACUUUUGGUAGAUUAUCUUUCGAUAAUUCUCAAUACCACUUUGGAGUUGAAGCAGGAAUAAACGACGACAAUAGCGAAUUGGUUGUAUAUGGUCAGUACGAACAAGAUAAAGACAUCAAGAAAAGUAAAAUUGGACUUAGCAAGCACGGAAACGAAUAUAAGCCCUUAAUUGAAAUCCAUGACAGUAAUGGCAUUUCAAACAGCAUCAAUGGGUACCGAGCUGAUGGAAAAAUAGUUGUUAAAAAAAGCAACGGUAACCUAGAAAGAUAUAGUUUUGAAAAUUUUAAAUUGUCAAAUGCAAAUAAUGCUGGCAUAACUAUUAAUGGAUGGACGGAUGUUGGACCAAGUUCAUUAAACUCUGAGCUUCAAAUCGCUUCGGAACAGGAGGUAUUCUUGAUAAAGGGCAAUUACAAGUUGGAAAAUGGUCAGUAUGCGGCAGGAUUCUUUAUAAAUGAUGCACGAACUCCCGAAAUUGUCUAUGGAAGCUCCGUACAGUUGACGGUCGCUGAACAGUCUUAUGGUCUUAAAGUAAAUGGAAAAUUAGCUGCUUGGUCCAUUGGUACUAAUGUCGGUUUUGAUUUCCAAAAAGACGAUAAUUCCAAUACUUUACGUUCAGUGUCAUUUGUGCAAAGUGUGGAAGCUCAGCAUAAAAACAAGCAAGUUGGAGCUGUAAACGUUAAAUCAACUUUUGAUGAAAAUAAAUUGGAUCUCGAUGUGGAAAUUUUGAGAGAGCAAAAGGUUGGUUCACUAAACUUGAAAUACAAAAGCAAUCAGCGUCACGUACGAGACUAUUCUCUAGAGGCGAGUGCAAAGCUUAACAAACACUCUAUCGAUGUUGUAUCAAAGUGCGAUUUUAACGGAAACGUUUUUACUGUCGACAACACUAUCACAACUAGUUGGGGAACAUUGUUAACUGCCAAGGGUGAAUUAGGCCAACGUUACACUGCUCAGGACAUCCGUAUUGAUCUUCAAGGUAACAUUCAAAUUACUGGAAAGGACAAAUCUUCUCAGUGGAUAUUGAAAGUUAUCGGCACACCUGAUAAAACCAACAGCGAGUUCAGGAUUAGCCGAGAUGCAGCUGAGCUUGUCAAAUUUACCAGUGAGUCCCUACAUCCACAGGACAAAAUUUCCGCAGCUAAGCUGAACCUGAUUGUCAAGAAUCUAUUAACUGCUAAAGGUGAUUUUCGCGUGGCGAAAAAUGGCAAGGGUGACUUAACAGCCACUUUUGAGACUCAGAAGACUGAACUGAAGCAUAAACUAGAAGUUGAAUCCAAAUUCCACAUACAGGCUCCCAAAUACGAUAUUGAUACAAACAUAUCGCUCGAUGGAGAAAAAAUUCAUUUUAAGACUGAAAACACCUUAGAUAAGUUAAAGUUUUCUACUAAAAAUGUUGGUGAGUCCAAUGGCAAAAGAAUUGUUUUUGAGGCUAAUGCGAGUGUUAAAGGCGAAUUGCGAGCAAAUGGAGAAAUUCAAGGUGAUUUUACAUUAACGACUCCUGAUGGACGAAUCAUAAAUGGUAGUGUCAAUCGUAAGUUAUCGACAAACGCAAAAACUGGAAUAGCCCAAGGCAAUGUGGAUGCUCAGAUAAGUGACACGCCAUCUGGCAGUAAUAAAAAACGAUCGAUUACACUGAAAGGAAAGGUCGAUCGCCUGAAUCUAAAAACAAAAGAAUUUUCUGCAAACAGCAACGUUGUAUACACUAGUUUUGAUGGUGAAAAGUCAGAGCUAAGCUUCCAAAUUAAGCAGCAACCUAACGGAGAAGCUAAAGACUUGGAUUUCAGCUUCAAAGCGAAUGGCAAACCACUAAACCAACCCAUUGACGUGGCCAUUGUAAUAGGCGAGUACAGUGUACAACAUGCUGUGGUUACUAUUACAAGUAAGUAUGGUGAGCUUUUCUCAGUUAGUGCAAAUGGAAAUUACAAUAGCAAGCAAAGCAAUUUACCAGCUACUUACGAGCUUCAAGCUGAUAUCAAAAUACCAAAAUCCAGCCUAAAGUUUGUGGAAAUUAAAAGUCAUGGAAAACUACUGAAACCAUCAGCAGGCAAUGAGAACCGUGUUUACAAUAUUGAAUUUUUCGUGGAUUCAAAAACCGGUCAGGGACAAUUUGCCCGCAUCAACACAGUAUGGAACGGCACACCAAAUGACGGAAGUUAUAAUUUUGAAGCUCAAACUAAUAAUAUGGAAUCUCCAUUAAAAUUCAAUGGUAACUAUCAGCAGGACCAAAGUGGCAGCUUAAAAGAUGGUGACCUCAACGCUAAGCAAAAGUACAUCUUUAACGCCCAGUACGGAAAGGAAUUUGUGAAGACGGAUGUAUCCUUGACUUAUAAUGCUGAUAAAGUGGACCUAGUGUAUGUGCUGGAUUCCAGCUUUGAAUCAGUCAAAGACAUCCAGGUCGAUAUCCGUUCUUUUAAGUCAGUGGAUGAUUCGUCGUACGUAUUUAACGUUCAAGCCAAACAAGCUGAUAAGUCAUACCGAUUAGACACAAAAUUAUAUCGUUCGGCACAUAAAAAAGGUGUUGAUAUUCGUUUGGAUUUAUUAAAAGAAAAGCCGAUUAUUAUAACGAGCAUUGCCGAAAUAUUAGGAGAGCGAAAGGGAAAGGUAAUCUUAGAUAUACAAAACUUGGCCGAACUGGAUAUUAAAUUCAGCAGUGAAGCUUCUUACGUCAGCAUUGACGAUUUUUAUAUUGUUGGCAGCUGGAGCUCAAAGAAAUUAAAGCUCGAUAGCUAUGAACUUGAUGCACGAGCACAAGGUAAGAACCUUAAAAUCAACCUUAAGAAUGUGAAUGGCGUAGUUUUCUUAGGCACAGCCACCUAUGCCCUUAAAAAGGAACAAAAUAAGUCUAUCAUCGAUGGUCAAGGACAAGUGCAGUAUCAAGGAAAAUCACAUUCUGGUAAUUUUAAGUUGAUUACGCAAAAUUUUGACAUUAAUACAGACAAAGAGAUUGGCUUCUCGUAUACAUUUAAUGGUAAUUUUGGUACCAAAAACGGCCUAUCCACAAUUAAAAUUACAAACAAAGAAUUUAACACAAAGUUUUCUAUUUGCGAAGAAAAGAAGCAGUGCACAAACAUUCAAGUGCAAUCUCUCGUAAGCAUAGAUGAACAAAAACUGGAUGAUGUGAAAUAUUCCACCCUCAUUCUUGUUGACCUACGUGAGCUUGGAUAUCCAUAUGAAUUUGAGCUUAAGUCUCAGAAUACACGCCAAGGAUUUAAGUACCAAUACCAUCUAGACAGCUUCAUUAUUACCGGGAAGAAUUUCAAGUACCAACUCACAGCAAACGUUCAGCCCACGUCAUCCAUUAUAAAACUAACAUUGCCAAAGCGUCAAAUUGUGUUUGAAACCACGCAGCAGAUCCCAGCAGAUGGAAAAAUAUUUGGGCACUAUGAGCAAUCAGCUUCGUUCUUUAUUGAUAAACUGCACAGACCCGAUGAUGUUGCUCGCGUUUCUGCUAUUUUAGACUUAUCGGAAAUCAUUGAGAACAUUGCUUUCAAUGCCAAUGGCGAGCUUAAACUUGAACAUCCGACUAUUCGACCAUUAAGUAUUUCUGGGCGACUAAAUACUAAUAUUGAUCAAUUAGCAAUAGCAAAUGCUGAAAUAAUAUUUGAUAUUUUCCGAUUGCCUGAACAAAAGGUUAUUGGAAACAGCGAAUUACGCAAUCCCCCGUCUAAAAAUGGUUUCAAUUUCUCUUCUACUACAACUGUGAAGUCUGCCGGACUUGACUUCCAGUAUCAACUAAGCACCAAUGCGGCAAUCGAUAUUAAAGCCCAGGAGUACAAUCUUGGUCUGGAUUUCAAUAGCGGCGACGUCAAUGUAAAGGCUCUAUCCCUUUUAAAUUCUGAAAAAUUAGAAAUCUCUUUAAGUGAAUCAAGCAAACAGAUAAUUCGAAUUGUCGGAGACUUUAAUAAGCAAAAACGCUACGCCAAGUUCAAUACUAAGUUCCAAGUUCUUGAUAAAAAUCCAAUAGAAAUUACAAGUGAGUUUCAACCCAAUUCUGCUAGGAUUUCUCUGAAGCGCCCAGAUUUUAUCGAUGGUAGUGCAGAAAUCAAAUUGGGCAAAGAAUUGAAAUUCGAUGUUUCUGGCAGCGGCAAACAAUUAUUCAAUGGACGCGUGGCUUUAGAUGCAGCCAACUUGUUGCAAACCAACUAUGUGAUAAAUGAAGAAAACGUCAAUGCCUUCUUGGAAAAUGUUAAAACGGAGGUAAACAAAGACACUGAAUAUUUUGCUAAAAAUAUCAAGGAAAAAAUCGAAAAACUUCGACUAGCCACAGACGAAAAUGUUAAAUUGGCUAGAGAUGCUUCCCCAGAUUUCUCGAAACUGAAAGGUAGAUUGGUCGACAACACAAAGGGACUCAUUCAAGACCUUGAAGCCGAUCCAUCAAUCGCACCGAUAAUUAAUGGCAUACGCACCUUAUUUGAUAAAAUUUCUGGUAUAAUUGAUGAGCUAAGCAAGGCAAUAUCAGAAACAUUCGAAAAAGUACACAACUCGUUGGUUGAAACCUAUGAUAAGCUGCAAGCUCUUUGGAAGGACUCCCUCCUUAAAGCGUGGGAGGAUUUUAUUUUAACUGCAAACAAAGUAAUUGGUCAGCUGCAUAAUGAGAUUAUCAGGAUUUACACACAGACAUUUAAAAACAUUCUUUCUCUGCUGGAGAAGUACGGACCAGCUCUGAAAAACUAUGGAAAAGCCAUUGCUGAAAUUUUGAAGCCAAUCAACGAUGCAGUUGAAGAAGUAAUCAAAGUCGUGGUUCACUCGGCUGAAGGUUUAGUCGAUGAAUUCAAGCAGUAUUUGGCGAAGCUUCCGACAUUUGAAAGCAUAUGUAGAGAGUUUAAUGGCAAAGUUCAAAAUUUAAAACUUAUUGAAAAGGUUAUUGACUUUGUGAAUAGUCUUUUUGAGCAGUUAAAUAUUUUACCACAGACUCAGGAGACCACUGAGUUCCUACAAAAACUGCACGGCUAUUUAGACGCAAAACUAAAAAAACAAAAAAUCAAUGAUGAAAAGUCUCUUGAAGAACUUGGAAAGCUCUUACUAAAUGCCGUGCGCUCGAUUUGGAUCUCGAUUAAAAGCGCUGCUCCAGGUCCAUCCGCACAUGCGAUUGAUUUACAAACAUGGUUUGGUUCUCUUGCUCAUUCUGUAGAUUCCUUGUCUGUUCUUCCGACCAUCCUAUCAUUCCGUUCCAGUACCAUAAACUAUCUGCUGAAUGAGACUUGGGAUGCUGCAUUCUUCAAGAAUUUACUGAAGUCAUGGAUAUUUUUCAAUGACUUUGAGCUUCGGGGCCAUGUCGUUGAUGGUCAGCAUGUAUUUACUUUUGAUGGUCAAAAUUACGCUUACCCUGGAAAUUGCAAAUAUAUACUGGCCCAGGACAGUGUGGACAACAACUUUACUUUAAUUGGUCAGCUAUCAAAUGGAAAACUUAAGGGCAUCACGCUCGUAGAUCGUGAUGGUAACUAUGCCGAAGUAGCCGAUAAUCUCGCGCUAAAAAUAAAUGGAAGCCCAGUUGAAUACCCACAACACUUGUCUGGUCUUCACGCAUGGCGUAAAUAUUACACCGUCCACUUACAUUCUGAGUAUGGAGUGAGUGUAUUGUGUACUACAGAUUUAAAGGUAUGCCAUUUCAACGUAAAUGGAUUUUACACAAGCAAGACACGAGGACUACUUGGCAACGGCAACGCUGAACCAUACGAUGACUUCUUGCGAGUUGAUGGGACAAUAGCCGCAGACUCAGCCGCAUUAGGUAACGAUUACGGAGUUGGAAAAUGCGCAGCAGUUUUAUUCAACAAUGACCAAGUCGAUAGCCAAAAACGAGAUGAAAUAUGUAGUGAACUAUUUGGCAUUGAGUCACCACUUGCUAUUCAUUAUAUUACCGUGGACUCUAGACCUUACCGCAAGGCGUGUGACAUCUCUCUUGCAAAAGUGGCUGAAAAGGAUAAGGAGGCAACUGCUUGUACAUUUGCCUUAGCUUAUGGUUCCGCUGUUAAGCAGAUAAACAGAUGGGUGCUUUUACCGCCGCGUUGCAUUAAAUGUGGUGGUCCUGUUGGACAGCGCGAUUUUGGAGAUGAGUUUACUGUGAAAUUACCAAACACCAAAGCGGACGUUGUAUUCGUCGUUGAUGUCAAUGUUGCACCCUCAGUUCUGUCCAAUCUAAUAGCACCUGUAGUCAAUGAAAUUCGCGAAUCACUUAGAAGCCGUGGCUUUUCAGAUGUGCAAGUCGGAGUUGUUGUAUUUGACGAAUCUAAGAGAUAUCCCGCCCUUCUUACAAGUGAUAAUGGUAAAAUCAACUACAAGGGAAACCUUGCAAAUGUUAAGCUAAAUGGAGUGAAGAACUUCUGUGACAAUUGCGUUGAGCAAAUCAUAGGAGACAAAAGAAUCCUGGAUAUUUACAAUUCACUGAAAGAAAUUUUCAAAGGCAUUGCACCUCAAGCAGAUGAAAAGGCGUUCCAAUUAGCUUUAGAUUAUCCAUUCCGGGCUGGUGCUGCAAAGAGCAUUAUCGGUGUGCGAAGUGAUUCUCUGGAAUAUAAAAAUUGGUGGAAGUUUGUUAGAGCUCAAUUGACCGGAUCCGUUACUAAGUUUGAUGGUGCGCUUCUUCAUCUUAUUGCACCAGUAAAGGCGCUUGUCUUAGAAGGAGUGCCAGCCGAAAAACUAAUCGGCUUCAACUCUCGUCUGGUAGCUACUGUAGAUGGAAAGGAUAACAAGAAGCGAACCAAGCUGCAAUUCGAUAAUGACAUGGGUAUUGAUUUUGUCCUCAAUAACGGUGGUUGGGUGUUUGCAACACAAAACUUUGAAAAGUUUAAAGAAUCGGACCAAAAGAAAAUGUUGAACCAGAUCACAUCUUCAAUUGCUGAUACUCUUUUCAAGACCGAAAUUGUUAGUGACUGUCGCUGUCAGCCGAGUCAUGGAUUGCACGGCCAACAUAAAUGCGUUAUUAAAUCAUCGACAUUUGUUGCGACCAAAAAGCCAAAAGCUGCCUAAAAUAGUUUCAAGCUUGACAUUGAUUCCCAUAUUUGUUAGAUGAAAAUUUAUCUUAAAUAUAAGUCAUCGAAAAAAAUAAUAAAAACAUAAGAACAA